CUGAUCUUCUCUCAUUCGAGGUCCAACCUAUCAAAUGUCCUUGUGGCCACAGCGCCAAGUCUAAACUGCAGACGCAAUGGCGCAGCUUAGAGAAGCUCACAUUUCAUGGCUGUAUGAAAUACUUUACUUUCGCCUCAGGAACGAGCAUUCCCUUUCACUUCCUCUUACAGAUUGUUCAACAGACACGGCUGAACAGACAGCAUGUCGACCCCAGCCAUUACCCCAGCUGUAAAUCAAAAUCGAACGGAGGAGCCAUCAAGACUUGCCAACUCCAAGGUUACACUUUCCACCAAAAAUGGGGGACAAGAAUCUAACGAACGCCCGAAUCGAGACUCGGUCGAUGCCAUCUCCAAGCCAGAUGUGUGGGCUGGAAAUGAAGUACAAGCUGAAAUAGGUGUCAGUAGAGUCGAGGCCUUUAACAAAGUCCUUUACCAGUCUGGCAAGUCCGGGAAAGUACUUCUCUGGUUACUCGGAAUUUCCAUCGGCCUGACCAUGUUCGCAUAUGCCCUUGACCAGGGCAUCACAACAACUAUCUUCACCACGAUGGCCAGUUCGACAUUCGGACAGCACAGUUCUUUAGCCGCCGUUAGUACUGCUAGCCAAAUCAUUCGGGCUAUCAGCAAGCCGUUUAUUGGAAAACUGGCAGAUAUCACAUCACGUCCUACAACUUACGUCGUUAUACUCGUUUUCUACGUUGUGGGAUUUGUUGUGGCCGCCAGCUCGAGCACCUUUGCAGCGUAUACAAUGGGAAUUUGCUUCACAUCUGUGGGCAAGUCAGGACUUGACCUGUUGAGCGACAUCAUUGUUGGUGACCUCACACCACUUCAAUGGAGAGGAUUCUUUGGUGCUGCUCUUUCGAUACCUUUUGUCGUUACCGUCCCUGUCAAUGGGUUCAUUGCCGAGGGCUUCGUUGAUAAUUGGCGUUGGGGUCUAGGCAUGUUCGCGAUCAUCGUACCUGUUCUACUUGUCCCGGCAAUUAUCACAUUGUACUCGAUGCAAAAGCGGGGAGAGAAGCUGGGCAUGGUUACUAUCGCAGCAUCGAAGAGAGUGCGGGCUGGAAUUGAUGAGGAAUCACGAGGUUUCAGAUAUUGGAGUAAGCUCCUGUACCAAGGGUUGAUUGAUAUCGACAUUGUGGGACUUCUUAUCCUCGGAGUAGCUUUCUCCCUUAUCUUGUUGCCAUUUACGCUAGCCAAGCAGACGCCGAAAGGUUGGGCAGAUGGGGGUAUGGUUGCUAUGCUAGUCGUCGGCUUCUUUAUGCUUUUCGUUUUCGGUCUCUUUGAGAUUUAUCUUGCUCCCAAGCCGCUCAUGACCAAACGUAUUCUGAAAAAUCGCACCUUCAUCGCCGCUGUUACCAUCUACACUUUCAACCAGACAGCAUCCGCUGUUCGGAAUACGUACUUUUCAUCGUACAUUUAUAUCAUCAAGGACUGGACGACAUACCAAUGGACAAUCUUCUUGGGCAUUACCACCAUGGGACUCAGUAUAAUGGGACCCAUAGUGGGCCUCAUCCAGAGAUAUACUCAUCGUUACAAAACAAUGAUGAUUUUUGGUGCUAUCGCACGUUUAAUUGCUUAUGGCUUGCUCGUCACCCCGAGCGGUCUCAUGAUUCAAGAUACUGCUCGUUUAAUCGUUGCUCAGCUUCUCUUUUGUUUGGGUUCUUUCAACGUCGUUGGAGCAAGAGUCGGUAGUCAAGCUUCAGUACCGCAUGAAGAUAUGGCUUCAGUCAUCGCACUUCUAACACUCUGGUCGACACUAGGAUCUUCAAUUGGGUCAGCAGUGUCGUCGGCAAUCUGGACGAAUGAGAUGUUAGAUCAAAUGUACAUGGAGAUGCCUGGAGUUGACGGUAAGACAGUUCGUACACUGUAUGGGAAUAUCAAGAAGCUCCGUACCAGCUACGACUUUGAUGACCCCGUCAGACAAGGAGCUAUCCGAGCAUAUUCCUAUGUUAAUGGUCAUAUCGCAAUUGCGGCUCUUGUUCUGUCGGCGAUUCCACUGUUAGCUACCUUGUUCAUGCCGAAUUUCUAUUUAGGCGAGCAGCAGAAUGCUGUCACAAACACAGGCUUGGAUGGAGAGAGGAUUGAAGUACCAACCCGAGGUGGAGUUGUGGGAAGCUCGUUUUGGAAGAGGUUGACGGCGUUCUAUCACAAGGAAUCGUAG